CUAUCAGUGAAGAUGUAAGGUAUUGCGCAUCACACGAGAGACCAGGAAAUUCCUCACUCACAUCAGGAAAGCCCCUACAUUGUCAGCACUCUGCUACAUCCUGGACACUGACUCCGGCAGCCCCAGGAAGAGGUGACUCACAGUCAUCGCCAGAUCCCCUGUGGACUAUGCAGCUAUAUUCUAGCCGAUGUAUGUGUUAUUUAGACAAGUACAGUAACUCCCAGCUUGCAGUGGAGGUGUAGAAUCAGCUCGGUCUAUAUAUACCUAGUGUAGAUAGAUGCUGGCCUUCCUUAUCACUCCCUGUAGUCAGAGGAACGGAUUCCUUCAUGUGAGUAACUGGAUGCUCUGUGUGUCGUGUUGUGGCUUGAGGAUCUCCUGGUUACGGAGGCAGGCAUCAGUGUACUCUGACUGGCUCAGAUGAUGUGGACUGUGAGAGGGAGGAGCCCUCUGCACCCCUCAGCUCGUGAGUGUCGGCCAGCUGCAGUCCGCCACCGCCCUCAUCGCCCCCCCACCACCUACUAAUUAAUUAUGGGUGCCACAACAAGCAAGAGAAGGAAAAACAAGAAAAGAAGGAAAGAAGACGAUGACAUUGACCUUGACACAUCACCUUAUCAGGACCUUGAACGUCUGAGGACAUUGUCAAAAACCCGACUGAACAGACUAUCGGCUGAAAUGGACCGCCUGUCAGUCCCCACAAGCCAGUAUUACUCCAGCGAUUCCCUGCUCAUCCAGGACACACAGAGAAGCACCAUGUCUCUGAACAGGAAUCUCAUUGGACAUCCGACAUAUCAUGUGAAGGGGUCAUUCAGUGCCGAUAACCUAAUUCUGGAUGACCAUCCUGUCCUUACGAAACUUCAAAACGAACAGAACGCUCGACUCGAGCACAUGGAACAGAGGAUCACGAAGAUCCGUACAAACGCCAUGCAGGCAGCUGAACGGAGAAAGUAUGCUCACAUGUUCCGUGCAAAGUCGGACGACUCAAGAACUGCUAAGCUUCUUAAAGAGGCAAGUGAGGCGCUUGAGGCAUUAAAACGUGAGAAGAAAUCUCAAACAACUCUCAGUGAGGAGAAUGACAAAGGGGAGAUAAUCCCUGUCAGAAUUUUGUGUGAAGAGCAGCAGAGGGAAAAGGAAGACUCCAAACAAACAGCGAAAGCAUCAAAAAAGGAAGAACUGUGGCCGGCUCAACUACAAGCCUUGAACUUUGGUGAACCGGUCACAUGGCUUCUGCUUCCAUUUCUUCUUCCCCUUCUGCUCGUCAUCUACCUCAUCAGAUCAGUGGGUAACCAUGGCAACGGCAGACAAAAGAAGAGACAAUGACAACUACUUAAGAUCAAGACUUUGUGCCUUAAGUCAACCUUAAGACAACUCAACUCUCACCAUGCACACGGCUAAGUUCUGUUCUUCUCAAACAUGGAAUUGAUACAUUCACAGCUGUCGACGUAAAAACCUUCCUAAAAUAUUUCGAAGAUGGUGGAAAAUGGAUAUGCCAAGUUUUUAGUUCUUUUGGAGACAAACCUUAUAUGAUUCACAGCUCUGCAGCCCUGGUGCGUCAUUACAUCGAGGUGGUUGUGUUUAGUCAUAUCUUCACAGACAACACAUCACCAUGGAUUCCAUGCCAACAAUGUAGAACCACACUCAGUUCUUCCAAAGCAAGAAGCAUCCAAACAGGUGCUGUACAACCCAAGGAUAAGCUUCUCAAAGGAAGGAAUAUAUUGAACAAGUUGAAGGAAUAUAGUAUUCAAGCAGAUUGCGUUCAUCAAUGCUGAAUACUUGGAUAUAUAGUCUGUGAUUCAGCACCUUCUGUGUCAAAAUAUCACAUGGUGACAUGAAAGUCUUCAUACUGAUGAAAAAAAUUGUCAACAAAUUUAGAUUUAAUUGGCAAAAUUUUGAAUUUUCAUUUUUUUAAUUUCAGCAUGCUUCUACCUUUCGUUUGAUCACACUAUCACCGAUUUAAAAAAGAAUAAAUAAUUCUUGUCCGUUUGUAGCAUCCGACUACUUAAGGUCACAUGACACGGCAUGAAGGCUAUACUUAUACUGGGAAGUGCUAUCAGUUGAUAUGAACCAAGGAUGAAGAGAGAUCACCACGGACAUCUUGGAAGACAGACUGAAAAAGAAGUGUUAUUCGAGACAAAACCAUCGUGAUAUGAAUGUCUUCACAGUUCAUGGAUAUGAUGUGUGAUGAAGAGUGUGCAUGAGAGUGGAAGUAGGGAACUACCAGACACCCUGCUACUCUGCCGAUUGUUGUAAUGAAUGAAGGGAUGACGACUGUCAGAAUAUAUCACCAGACAUUGAUAUUCAAAAUACUUCUUAAGGUAAACAAUUCCAGGUUAAAAUGUCAAUUUUGUUUGACACAUUGGUAUAGCAGUGUCGAGGUGGACGAGGUCCCUAAGGUUUGUUGGUAUUGUAUAUGACUCUAAGGACACACUAAAUGUGAUCUUCCUGAGGCAAGCGUGUCCACUAGCUCAUAUCAAAGCCUAGUUUCUACCCUUGCCACAUCAAGGCCACUCGGCUCGACCCUGGCGCCACCUCGCGUAUAUCACGAGAUGUGUCCCUUGUAAUGAAAAUGCGAUAUCCAAUUAGAUCGCUGUUCUUACCUCGUAUUGCUUCACAAACAUGGCGACUACCGUAGGUGACGACCUCAUCGAUCAGAUAACGAAAACAUUCAUGAAACGUCUGAUUGGACUAUCGAUAUGUGCGAUAGUCCAAUCAUAUUUAGCACAGGAAAGUGUUCUUGAUGUGGCAAGAUUGGAAACAGGACUUUGAUAAAAAGGCUAGUGGAUGCUCUUGUCUCGGGAAGAUGACUAAAUGUCUACUUUAAAAAUUAAAGUUACGACAAUAAUCCUGACAUUCGUGCUAAGCUUCAGUCACUGUAAAGGACCUGUGUUUACAUGGUGAAGAAAAGAGAGGUUUCCUUUCCUUUCAUGUCUUCUUUUAUAAGGCUUAAGAAAACAAAAGAAUUGGUUCUCAGGCAAUGAUUUUUGAAAAUAUAGUGCGGGCGGGC